AGUCGGCACUGCGGGCCGGAGAGGAGCUUGAUGGACGCGCCUCCGGCCGCCGCCGCCAUGCAGCCCCCCGUCCUCACCCCGCACGUCUACUGGGCCCAACGACACCACGAGCUCUACCUUCGCGUGGAGCUCAGCGACGUGAAGAAUCCGGUAAUCAGCAUCACAGAAAACACCCUGCACUUCAAAGCCCAGGGCCAUGGGGCCAAGGGAGACAACACUUACGAAUUUCACCUGGAGUUUCUGGAGCCGGUGAAGCCUCAGCCGGCCCACAGGCUUACCCAGAGGCAGGUGAACAUGACGGUGAAGAAGCAGAAGAGGCAGUGGUGGGAGCGGCUGACCCGGCAAGAGAAGCGCCCUCUCUUCUUGGCCCCCGACUUCGACCGCUGGCUGGACGAGUCCGACGCCGAGAUGGAACUCAAGGCCAAGGAAGAAGAAAGGAUUAAUAAAAUCAGAAUGGAAUCCAGAGUUUCCGACGACUCGUUCGUGACCUUGAAGAAGGGUUACCUGUUUAUGUACAACCUGGUGCAGUUCCUGGGCUUCUCCUGGAUUUUCGUCAACAUGACAGUCCGGCUCGUCAUCUUGGGAAAAGAUUCUCUCUACGACACGUUUCACUCCAUGGCCGACAUGAUGUACUUCUGCCAGAUGCUGGCGGUGGUGGAAUCCGCCAACGCCCUGAUCGGAGUCACCCGCUCACCGCUGUUGCCAUCCCUGAUCCAGCUCCUUGGGAGAAAUUUCAUUUUGUUCGUCAUCUUCGGGAGCCUGGAGGAGAUGCAGAACAAAGCCGUCGUGUUCUUCGUCUUCUACCUGUGGAGCGCGAUUGAGAUCUUCAGGUACCCCUUCUACAUGCUCGCCUGCAUCGACGUAGACUGGAAGCUUCUCACUUGGAUUCGCUACAGUAUCUGGAUCCCCCUCUUCCCCUUGGGGUGCUUGGCCGAAGCCGCCUCCGUCAUCCAGUCCAUCCCGAUAUUCAACGAAAGCGGAAAGUUCAGCUUCACCUUGCCGCCUCCCCUGAACUUCACCGUCAGAUUCUCCGCUUUUCUCCAAGGCCAUCUCAUAUUGUUAUUUUUACGGCUGUUUGUGAAUUUCCGUCACCUCCACAAACAACGAAGGCGACAACUUGCCACGAAAAAGAGAAAGGCAAACUAAGUGCGGCCGUGGGAUUCCCCUCCCGGAUUUAGGCCGUCCGAAAUCCUUAGAGAGUUUUACCCGUGCUAUGAACACGAGAGGUUUUAUAAGAUUCGGUGAUCGUUUUAAUCCUCUGUGAUUUCACCCUUCUUCACCCUCAACAGACACCCCGUCUCCCCUGGCCUCCCAUCGCACUCACACCGACUCACAAACCCGUACCGUCACACAAACCCGCAUCGGGCUCUCUCAGAAAACUCCCACCCCAACCCCCUCUCCCGCUCACGUAGCCCGCUGACGUUUCCCUAUUUGCUAGAUGACUUCAGUCGGUACGGCCCAUGCCCACCCCGCGCCAUAAUUACCAAACUCACGUAGGAUGGACAGAACUGGUCGCGGUGCGAGGAGCGUCCUCUGAUUUCCAGGGCUUCUGGGCCGCGUCUAACCUUUAGCAGUCGUCCCUGGAGCAUCGAGGCAGGGCCCUGCCGCCGCCUUGCUGGCCGGUCUCCCCCGGGAAACCGAGGCAGGCGGCUGGAGAUGGGAAAAAGGGGCGGAGAUGUGUGAAAUAAAGGCAGGGGUCCAGCUGGGUUUCUCCGCACCCCCUUCUUCACUGACUUGGCCAGGCUGGCCGCCCCCCGCCUCCCCCAUUUCUUCCCACAUCCCCCUUGGGGUAUGUCUGGAAUCAGUCGUAUUUAUUGAGCGCUUACUGUGUGCAGAGCACUGUACUAAGCGCUUGGGAAGUACAAGUUGGCAACAUAUAGAGACAGUCCCUACAUUCAGGUAACAAAUGACCCUCCCCUUUCCUCCGGUGGCCGAAGGGGAGAGCAAACCUCUCCCGAUGGGAAUUUCCUUGUUUUUUUGCUGCUGUUGUUCCGUUUUUUAAAUAAAAUGAAUCACGCCGUCAGGUGUUUUGAACCCCCCACCUGGGGCAGGUGGUGGUGGGCCUUCCUACCCCCCGCCUCCCACCCCUGUCUGAAAGGAAGGUGGGGCGGGGAACUUGGCUUCUUGCCUCGGGCAGUCGCGGCCAGAGCCUCCGCCCUGCUGUGGCAAAACUGGUGCUCACACAGCGAGGACCACCCUCACAUUCCACGGGAGGCGGGGAAAGCCGGCCAGGGACCCCCACACUUCAACCCUUCGCCCCCCUCGCUGGCGCAGACGGGGACGAGGGUCAGCCGAGUGGACGGCUUCCUCUUGGCCGUCCCCAAGGGGCUCUGAAGUUGAGCUGGGGCGGCAGCUGUAGAAAGACCGUCCAGCCUCUUCUGGACUGUGGCCGGUUGACCGUUCCCUCGCCAUCCCCAAACGCACAUUCCAAACACAACCGACCCCUCUCCGUCCAUGGGCGCCUCGCCUGGGUGAGAGCGGUUUUGGAGGCCCAAGGGAACGGGAUGUGGGGGUUCUGAAAAAAGGGGAGCACUGAGAGUUUGCUGCUCCAGGCGCAAGGACUCCGAGUCUUUGAGAGUCCGGCUGGGUAGCUUGGUUUGACACUGUGACGAUAAUAUCAUUAGAAAGACAACUACCAGGUAGCCACGUCGGCCCGCUUCCGUCAGGUUUCUCCUGCCACAGGCCCGUUUCUCGCUCGUGCUCCCUUUCCCGCCCCCCGUGACCCCACAAACAUCUGCCGGUUCCACCCUGGCUCUCAAGGAUGAAACUCAUAUUCCGUGUGAUUGCCCUGAAUUUACUGACAGAACUGACUCGUCUCCGACAAGGCAACAGAGCAUAUUUCUAUUAAAAAUAUUUACAAUCGA